UAGCUAGAGCUUUACGCCUCGCCGAGCGUGUUCUUCAUGUCAGGCGGCCAGGGCUCGACGCGCCGGCCGCCUCGCUCGGCAGGCGGCGGCACGCUGCCCGCCAACGGGUUCACGUACAUCGGUGGCGAGGCGCGCGGGCACCAGCCGAUGACGCUCAACAAUGGCGCGCCUGCGCACCAUCUCAAUAACGGCUCCCUGCGCUCGCUGCCCGACAAAAAGAAUAACCGCAACGGCGUCGUCUGCCACCCGGAAAACUUCCAACGGAACCUGGACACGCGUUACUCCAGGAAGCAGGAGAACGGCUACCUGCGUAACUCUGAGACCAUCAUUGGGUUCCCGCGCAACGAGCGGGACUAUGACCGGGAACACGAGUACAGCGAGCCCGAGUACUCCAUCAUCCCGGAGAGCGGGUACGGGCGGGCCGAGGACUACCCGCGCUCCUGCUCGCACUCCAACACCUUCAACUGUUGAGAAGGCGCGCUCGCUCCUUCAAUCAUUUGUGAUCUUGUAAUUCUAGCAAUAAAUCUUCAUUCCAUUAAGUUUCGGACGGUGGCAGCUGUGACGGACGUAGUGCUCUAGAGCGGUUAGUGACUUUAGUAUCCGGCCCGGUGUACGUUCGACCAGUGUGGACUAUCCUAUAUCGUAUUCAUUUUAAAGAGUACCUUUGUAAAUUAUAAAUUUAAGUAGUGAUAAAUAUAUUUUUCAACGGGACGUCGAUGGGCGGUGGCGUUUGAAAGUGUGACUUUCAUUCGGGGCAUGCGUACAAUGACUAGUCGCGACGAGACACCUCGCUGACGUGAGGCAGCGGGAGAGGCGAGGAGGAUGAGGCAGUGGUGGCCGGAGAGUCGAGGCGGGCCGGCGCGGUCCCUUGUAUGAUUAUACAUCAUGAAACAUUGUGAUUUGUAAUUAUUUCUACCAGUGCGGUGGAUUUUGUAUUUGAUUUUGUACAAAAAACCAUUCCAUAUGAAAUCUUUUUAAUGUCUCUUAUUUUUAUUUAUAGAGUGUGCGUUAAAUAAGACACCAAUAUAAGAAAUAAAUAUUAGAAUUAAUAAAUGUGUAAAUAUAUUUAUAUUAUAUUGAGAUAUUUAUAAAAUUUAAUACGAUCUUGUUCUUCUAAAAUUAUCGUAAAUAAUUUCUGGGAUAUACUGUAUUGUUUGCUAUGUCGACUGAUGUCCCUGAAUACAUAUUUCUGUCACUACGUAUCGAUUAUAUCGAUUAUCGAUAUACCUACCGUGUGUACUCACUAAACUUCGUAUUGUGUAGGUAACAAGCACUUUGCAAUAUCAAAUCACCUUCAAAUACUUUCUUACGCUCAAUCCUAAUAUUCUAACUUUAUUAAGAUGUAAAAAUGAAACACAAUGUCAUUGUAACUAAGAGAAAAUACUCAAUGAAAAAAUGUAACUAACUUAUGUUUUUUUUCGUAAAAUGUAUAAAUUAAUAAAUGUAUGAUCUGUUCGAAAUGCCAAAUAUUCCGAAAAUAAUCGAUUAUCUUCUAAAAAAUUAUAUUUCUAAUUUCAAAUUAUUACAAUCAAAACUCGAAAAUAUAUUAAAUAAGCAUAAUUAGUUAGCUUGAAACGGAAAAACAUAAAUUAAUAAAUCUUUUUAAAUGUCAAUAUCAGAAAUAGUUCGUUUUACUGGCAUGAUUCCUAAUUCAAAAACCAGUGUUGCUAGAAAUGCAAAUCAUAACAUUCGAGCACAGCGCAGCGCACGCAAUCACUCAUUCAUUAACGGGUCGUACAAGUUAAUUAUGUGUGUGUUAUGAGCUAAUUAAGUUUAGCAAUCAUCACUUUAAUUAACUUAAUUGCGUCUAGUGAACUAUGACAGCGCCUGGUAAUCCACCCUCCGCUUUGAAUUUAAUGCUGCAAUUCAUUUUAGACAUAACCGUGAGCUUGGUAGCUAUUGUUUGGGAAAUGAGAAUAUAAAGCGUUUAAAAUUCAUGGAAAUUUUAGUGCAAAACAAAGAAAGGACUGAGAUAGUCGAUAAUGAUAUAAAACGAAGUUAGUUUUAAUGGUAAAAUAAUAAAUACUACAUAGUAUGUAUUUCGAACAGGUUAUUCAUAUCUAUGAGACAUAACUAAAGGGAAAUUUAUAUACUAUUAUGAUGUAUAAAUAAUUAUUUUUAUUACACUAACUUUCAGCGUACCUAAUGUAUUGGCGUUCCAACAAGAUACAAUAUUUAAACUUAGAAUUAACACUAGUGUUGCAAUAAUUAAUAUUUAAAAUCUAAUUAUAAACAAUUAAUCGUACUUUUUGAAAAUUUUGCAUCGAAAUAUAUUAUUUAAUUCUGGUAUAGAUAAAAUCACACUUCAUUAUUAAUAUUUUAGUGAUAUGACUAUUACGUUUUCAAAACCUUUUUUUUGUAUCUUGAUGGAAGUUUGUCACUUUCUAACAUUUUUCUAUAUUUCGACCUACACGAUAUCUGCGUCUUCUCGUAUUAUGUUAAUGUAAAUAUGGAGAAAUUAAAGACUAAGGUUUAAGGCAUGUGUUGUGCCUAGCGGAUGCCUAUACGAAGUAUACAAGAAAAAUGAUAAAUACAUAUGAGGAAAUUGUGAUUAGAGUUACUGACGACAUUGUAAUAGAAAUCAUCGGUCAUUUCUGUACUUUAUUGUAGUUAUUACCUACAUACAAACUCGAUAAAUAUAACAUACCUCAAAUUUA